UGUUUAUCAUAUAGUCUAUGAUGAGCACGUGUUGAUGUUUUGAUGAUUCUGUAGCGGCUGAUCAUUUUGAGGUUAAAAAUGGACGCGAUAAAUGAAGGGAAAUCACGAAUAGUGUUAACAGAGUAUAGUGUUUUGAAUACAUCGUCAUCUGACUAUCCUGGUACAUAUGGCCCUGGAGGAUAUUGGUCACAUGAAAAUUUCAAAAAAAAACUGAAAAUAAAUGUUGUGAAACACAAUGCAACUGAAAUGGAAUUUGACAUCAUAGGAGUUCAUGAAGCUAUAGCAAAUGCAUUUAGAAGACUGCUUUUGUCCGAGGUUCCAAGCAUGGCCAUUGAAAAAGUGUUCGUGUAUAACAACACCUCCAUAAUCCAGGACGAAGUGUUAGCUCACAGACUGGGGCUGAUUCCGCUGAAAGCAGAUGCGCGUCGUUUUGAGUACAGGCAGAAAGAUGAUGAAGAUGGAACAGAACAAGAUACUCUAGAAUUUGAGCUUAAAAUAAAGUGUACAAAAAAUCCAAAUGCUCCAAAGGACUCAAAGAACCCAGAUGAUAUUUACAAGAAUGCAAAUGUGUACACGAAGCACAUGAGGUGGCUGCCGAGGGGCGACCAGGGCUCGAUGUUCAAGGCCGGCGACGUGGGGCCCGUCCACGGGGACAUCCUCGUGGCCAAGAUGAGGCCCGGACACGAGCUGGACCUGAAGCUGCACGCCGUCAAGGGCGUCGGAAAGGACCACGCCAAGUUCUCGCCCGUCUGCACUGCGUACUAUCGUCUGCUGCCAGAGAUCACGUUGACGCGUGAAGUGUCCGGGGAACAGGCAGAGCGGUUGCAGACUUGCUUUUCCCCGGGAGUCAUUGGGCUGGAGGAGCGGAAUGGAAGGAAGGUUGCAAAAGUCAUCAAUGCCAGGUAUGACACAUGCAGUAGAAAUGUGUUUCGAUAUGACGACUUGAAAGACAGUGCCAAACUAACAAGAGUGAAAGAUCAUUUUAUAUUUACCAUCGAGUCAGUUGGUGCAAUACCUCCAGAUGUGCUGUUUGUUGAAGCAGUGAAAAUUUUGAAGAAUAAGUGUCGUACAUUUUUAGAAGAACUCAAUAAAAACAUUUAAUCCAAA